UACAAAGAUUCAAAAUUUGAACAUGCACCGAGGUAAAACAAUAAGCUAGAAUUAUUUAGACAGAGAGAUAACGAUCUAGAUCCGCCCCUCCCUUUUCAAUUCUCCCAGAAAGCCUUCCUCCUUCCCCACUCUCUUUCCAAUCCCCUCUUCUUCCCCUGUCUUCCUCGCGCACCCGCCCGCAUUGAUGGGUUCCACCCUCCUCGGCCUCAUCCCCACCUCGCCGGCCCUAACGUGAGGCCCCGAGCUGAUCCUCCUCCGCGCCGCCGGCCGUUCACUACAACUUGUCUGCGGAAAGAGGCAGACGGAGAUAGGGAGAGGAGAAAAAUCGCUGCUUUUGGGAGCUUCCUGCCCCGACGAUUCAGUGCGGACCGAUCCGGGCGCCGCGAUUCGGCUCGGGGCUGGGUGCUGGUCCCGUGGAAAUCCAGCGUCGUUUACCCCCAUGCCGCGCCGGCGGGGGGGAGGGCGGAUCUUCGCGGCGUUCUUCCCUUCAGUCCUGUCGGCUGCUGCCCGUCGAUUUUUAAGGUCAUAGAUAUUAGAUAGUGAGUGGGAUGGAUGUGGAGAAAGCUGCAUCCAAGGGACAUGGCUUCUUUGGCCUGUUCGAUUGGGGCAAGAGCAAGAAGUCCAAGAGGCGGCUGUUCAGCGGAAGUGGGGGCGUUUCUCCGGCACCAGGGAAUACUGUACAUGGGAAGGAAGUUGAUGGCAGCGCGCCAAGUACACCGUCGAAUUCGAUCCUUGAAGAUGCGAGUGAGCAUAGUUGUUCAUCCUCAGUAAUUGAUGACGAAGCUCGUGUGAGGAGGGGACCAACCGUUGUAGCCAGGCUUAUGGGUUUGGAUUCCAUGCCCAUGGCAAGCUCAACUGAAUCUUACGCUAUGCCUUCAACCGUGCAACAAACCUUCCAAAAUAAUGUCCAUGAUGAGUUUAUUGGAAGAAGCUAUUUUAGCAGUCCUAGUCCUCAUAAGAUGCCAAGUAGUCCUAUUGACCGGUUUAGAAUGGAAGCACUGCCUCCAAGAUUUCCCAAAAGAACACUUUCAGUGGCUCAGCAUAAGUUAUUCUCCCCUGUGAAGAAUCCUACUCAUAUAUCAAGAAGAAAUGCUGCUGACAUAAUGGAGGCAGCAUCUAGGAUAAUUGGACCUGGAGUUGAGAAUACUAGCGCUUACAGAGUUCGUGAUGUUGGAUACUCAAAUGAUGUGCGUGCUUUCAAUCCAACAGAGAUUGCAAGAGUCCAGCAAAUGUCUCAAGCGGCAAAGAAGCGUGAUGGCUUAGCGUCUUUGAAGUCACAGAGUGCAAAUUCUUUGGAUGGAAGUUUGAUCACUUCAGAGACCACCUCUUCUUCCAGGGUCUCACAGUCAAAUGGAGGUGCUCCAGUUGGUCCAAAGGUCAAGGCUGGCAGUAGAUCAUCGCCAGAUUUGAGAGGUACACAUGUCCAUGGAAGAGAAGGUAUAAGCAACAACAGUAGGAAACUUGCAACUCGUACAGAUCCUGAACAUAACAUGGUUGAGAGAAAUGGGUGCAACCAACAAAAGAGUAAUAACCAAGUGGGCAGGGCAAGUUCUUCCAAUGUGCUCGUGCAAAAUAACAGGAAGCAGAAUGCUAUGUGUGUUGAGCACAAAGUGAAUUCAAAGACAGCAACCCUCAGCCAGCAGCGAAGCAACUUGCAUUCAACAAAUGCUGCUCCCAAGAAGGCUGCAGUCACCAGCACACAUGCUGGAAAUAGUACAAAAGGGAACAAAAAGGCGGAAUUGCAGCCAACCAAAUACGCAAAUAGAAGAGUAAAUUCAGCAGCCAAAACAAUUCCCAAGCCGAGAAGAUUGCCAGAUGGGAGGAUGCACUCAAAGAAAAGCCAGUCAAGUGAUAAAAUUCUCGCCGACAGAAGCCCAAGGCGUGUCCGGCACAAUAUUGUGAUAGAGGAGCAGUCAUCUUUUUCCACAAACAAAAAGAAAAUCAGCACUGAGAUUGUUUCGUUCACAUUUACCUCACCAGUUGAUAAAUUGAAACCAUUACCUGGUUCUCAUUUUCCCAACCAUUCAGUGGAAACACGUUCAAUAGAGAAUGUGAACGCAGUAUCAACUUCAAGCAACACAUCAAAUGCUGAGUCUGAUAUCAUAGAUGGUGAUUACUUGAGACUUCUUCUUGACCAGAAGUUGAAAGAAUUGACUUCUGGGGUGAGGUCACCUUAUUGUAAACCAGACAAAGGUGUUAGAAUAUACACGCCUUCACCAGUUUUGGAUGAUAUGGCAUCAACAUGUGACACAUCUAGCAUUGCAUCUACUGAUUGUGAUAGGGAUUCCAUACAGUCUUUCAAGGAUGGAAAAGCCAAAUUACCCCUGACAGAUGUUGCAUCAAAAAGUGGGCAGUCAUCUCAAUCUGGGAAGUAUGAUAAUGAUUUCAUCGAUCAAGUGGAGUUAGAGCAUCUUCACUUAAGCCCCCAUUCUGCAUGGGAAGCUUCUCUUUCAACAGAAACCUGCAGCUCUGCAGAGAGCUGGAGAAACACAAACAAUUCAAGGUUUAGUUCAACAGAAGGAGCACCAACAUCUGCACACGAUGGUAGACUCCUAGAAGCAGAUGCUUUAUCAGAAUAUUCUGACACAGCUUCAUCAAUAAUAGUGACUACAGCUGAAAUCAACCCAUCAGAAAGUAGCAGCUUGUGUCAUAUGGACCGCAGGCAGGAGAUACACUUUUUAAGAGAAAUACUGAACUCUACUUCUCUUACUUGUUGUCACCCUUGCUCUCUUUUGGAGCGAUUUGGUAGAUCGGAUAUCCUAGAUCCACAUCUGCUGGAAGAACUAAAUGGCAAAUGUAGAUUGGCAGUGGGUGAAGAAGAGGGCAAAACUUUCAGAAUGAUUCGAAGGCUGCUCUUUGACUGCACAAAUGAAAUGUUAAGCCUGAAAUGUGCAUACUACUUCAAUGCUGGCUACAACUCAUGGUUUAUGGGGAUGGCAGUUCUGCAGAAGCUCUCGCCGGAAGAAAUCUACCAGGAGAUGAACAGUCUGAAGGUGGCUGAGGAAUGGAUGGUGGAUGAACUCGUGUACAGAGAAAUGAGUGGUCCUCUCGGGAGUUGGGUUGAUUUCAAGAUGGAAUCGUAUGAAGCUGCCAAAGACGUUACAGCAGAGUUGCUAGGGUCCUUGAUUGAUGAAAUGGUUGCUGAUCUUCUAUAUUGGUAGUUUGAUCACCCAAUUGUGUAUGUUUUCGUCUCAAGGGCGACAAUGGGGCGCUAUCUGAUGAUUGAUCAUUGGCUGCAGGAGGCAUUCUUCACCUUUUUUGUGGGACCAUUUUGAGCUGUCAUGAUGUAGAAAAUAGCAAAGCAUGUCAAAUUUUAACAUUGUUAAUGAAAGUAUCUGGGACUGUAUGUUGUACAAUGCGACAUCUUUAGCUGUAUGAGUGGUGUAACUGUGAGGGUAAUUUUUUGUCUGCUGAGAACAGAGCACAAACUAGCUUCUCUUUCAGCUGCAUUUAUCCCAUGACUUGAAAAGGCAAAUAUUCGGUGGAGCUGGCAUAUGCAUGUCCCAGCUAUGUAAUACUGAAAACGGGUGUAUUAUCUUGCAUUUGCUUGUGGAUUGCUAUCCUCACUUCCUCA